GGCAGUGUAGCGCCGGGUCCUGGCGCUGUGUGCACCUCGUGGGUUGACUUGUUCAAUACUACUCUCUUCCCUUCCUUGCUCACCAUACCAGUUGUUACACGCUCCGUCUCGCUCGCUGUUAGCGCCAUCCCUCCCUGUGUCUCCAUCUCACUAGCCGCUUCAUUCUAUCUUUUAAUCUUCAUCCAGUACUUUCAGAGUACAGGCGAGGUCUCUGCCCUUGGCCUUGUCUCUCCCUCACACUCCUCUUCCAUCCUUGUUGACCUCCAUCAAUUUCUUUUGCAUUCACUCUCAUACUCCCUCCUUCUCCCAUACUCAUUUUUUUUCUUAUUAUUUUCGCUCUUACCGGUCCCCCUCCACUCUUCUCUUGUUUUACCCUCCUUCACCUUGUUUUCUAACCUGCUUCACACCUUCCUUCCUUCCUUCCUAAUAACCUGAUUUAUUCACAAACUCUCCCUUGGAGGGAUAUAGCUCGCCCUCGCCUCCACAAUGAGAGUCUCUUGCCGAGGAGACUCUAGAGACGAUGACUUAACCUUCGUCAGUGAGUGACCUGCUGCUAGCACAAGCUAUGGAGGAGCAUCUUAUUUGGUUGUGAGGAAUGAGCACGACACCAGCGCCCAUUGUCCUGGUCCUAGUGUCCGCCCUCCUGCUUACCUGCAACGUCUUCUGGCUCUACUCCUCAACCACACACACCCACAGAGUAGGACUGUGCGGCCAUGAGUUCGAGGCCUGGGGCAGCAGCAAUAACAACAACAACAACAACAACAGCAGCAGCAGCAGCAGCAGCAGCAGUAGCAGUAGCAGCACCAGCAGUAUCUCCUACAGGAGGGACUACCAGCAGGUGGUGGGCAGCGGCCUUCUCGACGUCCCAUUCCCUAUCCCCAUUCCCAACGACACUGUCCUCCUGGGCAAUGACGCGGAGGGAGAGGAAGGCAAUACCCGCUACCUGACAAUUGGUAUAUCGUCAGUGUGGCGCAAGGACGACUACCUGACCCGCACUAUUGACUCCAUACUGAAGGAGACCACAGAGCAUGAGCGGAGUGACAUCCUAAUUUUCCUACUCCUUGCCGACGCAGAUUCUAACCUCAGGUCUCAGCGUGCCCUGGACUUGGGAGUUCGCUACAACAAUGAGAUCCAGACUGGCCUCUUGAGGGUGCUACAGCCCCCACCCAUCCUUUAUCCCAGCAUCGACUUCACUGCCAUCAGAAGGACGUACAAUGAUUCUGUGGCCAGGGUGCAGUGGCGAACCAAACAGCUUAAAAGUAGUGAUGCUGGCAGUUCUUCAAAGUCUAAGAGAAGCCUUGAAAUGUUUUGCCAUGAUAGUCUUGUGAAGCGCCGUUUCUCCCAUGUCAAUCCAACUGCUGAUGUGGUGACAACUAUCCGACAGUACAAGGCCUACCUGGCAGAGCAUGCCUAUUCCUCUGCCCCGGGUAUGUUCUGGGGCAUUCCUAAGCCAGGAGACACCUUUGACAUACUCUUUCCAGAACCCCUAAAAAUAUCUAGGGUUGUGAUUCUGACUGGAGCAGCUAUCAAUAAGAAGACUCGAGAUCGUCUGCUCUAUGGGAGCUUAGAGGUGUCUCCGUCCUUUAUUAAGAUGGAGAACCCUAAACGAGCCCUUUGCAAGAGUUUCUCAAAUGUUCAGGACUUCAAAAAUGGAGAACUAGAUGUAAAAGAUUUGAGGGUGACCUUCCCUAAGGGCAUUCAGUGCCUCAGAAUAGCUAUUGGCACAAAGCAGAAGUCAUGGGUGGCCAUCACAGAAGUGGCUGUCUUCACUGAAGAUGACCAAGAUAGAGAGUCUAGGUCCACACUCAUCUCAGCAACUCUUAAAGUCUAUCAGAGCAAGGACAAAGUAAAAUGACCUAAUAACUAUGUUCACGCUUUCCAGAAAUUCUAGUCUAAGAGACUAAUAAGACUGUGGGAGUAGCCUGGUGAUAGUUUUAAUAUCUUUCAGGCUUGCCAGAAACACUACAGCAAGGCCACUAAAAGCAGCAACUCCUCCUCCUGUGUUACUGGUUAUGAGAACUAGACUAAGGACAUGAGGAUCUGAAGAUGUCUUUGUCAAAUUGUCAGGUGCCAUUUGCCUGUAGCAGUGUGAUGAAUUGAGAUAGGAAAAAAAAGACUCUUACGUCAAAUGGUCAGUAAAAUAUUUAUGGCUGAAAACUUAACUAUGGUUUUCUUCUAAUGGGAAAGGCAGGGAGGUAAGCAAUAUAGGAGUAGAAAAAAUUAUAUUUUGUCCAUUUAAAAAGGCCAUUGCUAGUAUUUUUAUAUCAAACUCAAAAUUUUACUGGUUAUGUGUUGGCUUAGAGAAAGUAGAGACCUUUUUAAAACAAUAAUAAAACCAUUUAAUGGUGCUGAAGACGUCCAGUGUAAAUUUAACAUCCUCAAAUGUUCGCUCAAUGUACACAUGAGAACUGUAUAUUAAGACAAUUUAAACACUUAAUUUUUUAUUAUGAUAGUUAGUGUGGUCAGAAGCAUGUUAAUAAAUGAUGCAAGUCAUAGGAAGUGUUAACUGCUAUAACUAUAUACAGGCAAAGAUAAGUGUUUUAUUUAGACAUUUUGUUAGAAAUAUUGCAGUUAUCAGUAUACUAAAUAGGAAAUGUAAAAUUGUAAAAACUGUAGGGUAUCAUUAAAGAUUUGAUGCAUGACUGAAAUUAUUUGAGAGCAUUAAAAAAUUUAUAUAUGGUUUAAAACUGAACAUCUAUGCAAAUACGUACUGAAGCUUUUAUGUAGAAUAAGUUAUUGAGGCUUUUAUUUUUUCUCAAGCAACACAAGGCAUCACCCAAUAAAAUUACAGCAUUGAACUCAAAAGUUAUUUUACUGUGGAAAGAUCUGCUCAUUUAUAUUGUAACAAAUAUACAAGCAUAUAUGUAUACCUGUAUAUUUUUUUAAACGAAUUUUAAAUAUGCAGAAGAUGAGCAGAGGAUCAGUAGAUGGCAGUUCUAAACAAGCAUUUUUCCUCCAUAAAUUAUGAUAAAAAAGUGACUUGAACAACUAAAAACAAGGAAGUUAUGAUAUAUAUUAAAUGUAAAAUUAUGUUGCUAGAAUAAUAAUGUAUUUAAAAUUAUUACGUGACGUCAAAAAAGUGGCUUAUGUCUCAUUAAUCCACGCGAGUUGAAAAUAAUGAAUAAGCACUAGUUUUUAAUGAAUUAAUCAGCUAUCAGUUUGUUCUUAUGAUUGGAUGUGUCAUUUAUUUCAUAUUGCAAAAAGUAUUUUGAGAUUUUUUGAGAAAAUGAAUGAGAUAUGAGUGCAGUAAAGUCAUAAUUCUGUACUGAAUUUCAGAAAAAAAAUUUCCCUAAGAAUCUACUUUGUAAUAUAUAGGUAUUUAACUUUGACAGCAUGAAACAGUCAAUAUUUCUUCAGCCCAUCAAAAUACACUCUGGCUUACAAAUAAACUUGUGCUCUAGUUAUCCAUUAUUUGGAGAAAAAUCUCUGGUUUCCAUUGAGUUCUCAGAACAGACUUUCAAUUCUUAUAGUGUCAUUGUUUGAAAUCAGUUAAUUAAUUCAUUAUUUCAUGGCCAAAUUUCCACAGCAACACAGAAAAGGAGUGACACAGUAAAACAUUUUGUAAUCCAAAAUAAUUUUUACUGGUCUCAUAUAUAUGCAGCUACUGCUGUGUGGCACAUGAAUUACUGUCAUAAUUGAAAACUUUGCUCUACCUUGUAUCAUCAUGUAUUAAAUAAUAAGUAUGUAUACUUUUAUGGAACUCUUGUUCAUUCACAGACAAACAAAUUGUGUACUUUUGUAAGAUCAUUACUUUACUGUCUCUUCUGUACAUAUUAGUCGCUUCAGUAUAAGCUAAAAGUACAGUGUUAUGCUACACUAGCCUGGGCUUGGACUAGUGUUUGGAUACAGUUUCAAGCACAGCUCUGAAUGUUUUGUAAAACUGUAAAAGAAGUCUGAACUAUGAAAAAAAACAAUAAACAAAAAAGGCAAUUAUUAGUUUCUGCUUAGAUCUAAAAUAAAAUAUCAAUUUAGUCUUUUAUGCCAAAGAUGUACAUAAACAGACAAAAAUGUCAGUCAUUAUGUAUAAAUGUCUUCAUGAAUUCUCAUAAAUCAUACAUAUAUAGACAACAUUUAUGGCUAGUCCAGAGUGGGUUAUGAAAUAUUUUGAAAAUACAUUUUGAAUGCAACUACUGCACUGCAGUAUCAUGUGUUCUGUGAGUUAUUUUAGAUAAAUUUCUGUGACAAUAAGCAUAAAUUGGUGAGAACAGAUUUUUAGCUAAACCUCUUAUUAUCCAUAGUUUUGGACUUGUUAUUAAAAUGUUGACUAGGACAAUACAGUAUUGUGUUUAACUUUUUAGUGCAGGAAUUUUAAUGACAGAGUGCUGAAUUUCUCACACAUUUUUAAUAACUGAACAUUCAAGGCUAAAUUAUUGGUUGUAAACCUGAUGAGAUUUAGCACUCUCUUGUCCCCAUAUCUUAGUGAUCUAGGUAUUUUAUAAAGUCAUAUCUUUCCCUUUAGUUUUAACUAGUAAUUUUUAUCUAAUAUAUAUGUUUAAAUGAUACUGAAUAAUAUAAUCUUUGCAUAACAAUUUAAGAUUACAGUAUAUUAAUAUAAAGCAUUCUUUCUUUGUUGUGAGUAAUGUUUUUUAAGUCAUUUGUUUUCAGUUAUAUAAUUAGUGGUGGAUCAUUAUUGUGUGGAAUCUGGGAUGUCAUGUCUUAUCUUAGGUUUGUAGACAGUAACCAUCCAGGGAGGUACUACUGUCCUCUCUUGUGAGUGUGACAUGGAAGCCUGUUAAAUGUUUUGCACUCUGGUAGGAUUGCUGAUUUUUUCUUUCUGUCUCACAAACAUGUUAGAUGACAGGCAACUCAUAAAAACUUAUAAUUACAUUCAGAAUUCACUUAGUUUAUUUC